AAGAAAUGGAAGGAGAUACAACAAGGAUAUGCAAGAUCGCAACCUUUAAUCUCAACCAAUGGGCGAUGGACUUUGAACAUAAUAAAGCUAAUAUUAUUGAAUCCAUUAAGCAAGCUGAAAAGGAAGGAGCGAGUAUUAGGUUUGGACCUGAACUUGAGAUUCCAGGGUAUAGCUGUGAAGACCAUUUCCUUGAGAUGGAUACAACCAAUCAUUCAUGGGAAGUACUUGCUGAGAUCAUUGAGGAAGGAUAUACUGAUAAUAUCAUAUGAGAUAUAGGAAUCCCUGUGUAUCAUAAAACAUUUCUUUACAAUUGUAAAGUUGUUGUUUAUAAAAGACAGAUUCAUUUACUUAGACCAAAGAUCCAGCUCUGAUUUGAGCAAAAUUACAGAGAAACCAGAUAUUUCCAAGCAUGGACCAAUAUUAAAAGAGUUGAAGACUUCACUUUGCCCAAAGUGAUCACCAACAUAACAGGCCAAAAGAAAACAAAAAUUGGAGUUGCUAUAGUAAAGCUAAACGAUACAGAAUAUGCUCAUGAAAUCUGCCAAGAAAUGUACGAACCUUCAAAUCCAGCUGCUGAGCUGUAUCUUGAUGGUGCAGAGAUUAUUUGCAAUAGUUCAGGAUCUCACCAUCACUUAAGAAAGUUAAACAAGAGGCUACAGCUCAUCACUACUUCUACACACAAGAGUGGGGGAGUAUACGUGUACUCUAACCAACAAGGCUGUGAUGGAUCAAGACUUUACUAUGAUGGGAGCUCCAUGAUCGCUAUGAAUGGACAAGUCAUUAAGCAAGGCUCCCAAUUCAGCAUCAAAAACCUUGAAGGAGUCUACGCUGUUGUUAACCUUGAUGAUGUCAGAAAUUAUAGAAGAGAAAUCAGAAACAAAAGUCUCAGAGAUCCAGAUGAGCCUGAAUUCCCAAGAAUCGAGAUUGAUUAUAAUCUGUGCCAACAUGAUUUCUUGGAUCUUACAGAGCCUCAAGGAGAGAUUAGGAUUCAUAAACCAAUGGAGGAAAUUAGUCUAGGUCCAGCUUUAUGGCUGUGGGACUAUCUCAGACGCUCAGGUGCCAGAGGAUAUUUUCUACCACUAUCUGGAGGACUUGACAGUGCAUCAGUUGCAACAAUUGUUGGAUCAAUGUGUCACCUUGUGUUCAGUGCUAUCCAUGAUGACAAUGACGAGCAAGUUCUUGAAGAUCUUAGAAAUAUCACCAGACAAGAUGACUUCACACCAGAGUCACCAAAAGAUGUGGCAGCACAAGUUCUGAACUGCUGAUACAUGGGGACCAAGAACUCUUCUGAAGAAACACUCAAGAGAGCUAAAGCUUUGUCUGAAGACAUCGGGUUCAAAUUCUACAAUGUUGAAAUCGAUGAUUUGUUUGAUGUAACAAAGACACUGUUUCACAACUUGACUGGCAAAGAACCCAAAUUUGAAGCACACGGAGGAACAUAUAAUGAAGACCUUGCUCUCCAAAAUAUUCAAGCUAGACAGAGAAUGGUGAUGUCUUACCUAAUGGCUCAGCUAAUGCCAUGGGUUAAUGAGCAAAAUGGAUUUUUAUUGGUUUUAGGCUCAGCAAAUCUUGACGAAGGUCUAAGAGGAUAUAUGACCAAAUAUGACUGCAGUUCAGCAGAUAUCAAUCCGAUUGGUGGAAUUAAUAAAAGUGAUUUAAGAUCCUUCAUUGCCUAUGCAAAAGACCAUUUUGAAUAUUCAUCUCUGCAAGAUAUUCUUGAGGCAAACCCUUCUGCAGAGCUUAGACCAAUUGACGAUAAGACAAAAGAUUCUACUCAAAUUGAUGAAGAAGAGAUGGGAAUGACUUAUGAUGAGCUAAACCAAUUUGGAAGACUCAGAAAGAUUCAUAAAUGUGGCCCAGUAUCAAUGUUCAAAGAGUUACUUCUAAUCUGGAAGCAUCUCACUCCAGAAGAGGUUGCUACUAAAGUAAAGAGGUUCUUCUUCUACUACUCCGUAAACAGACACAAAGCCACUACUCUCACUCCAGCUUACCACGCUGAAGACUACGGUACUGAUGACAACAGGUUCGACCACCGCCAGUUCCUCUACAACACCAGUUGGGAUUACCAAUUCAAAAGAAUUGAUAAGCUAGUGAAGCACUACACCGAAAAGAAGAAGGAGGUCUAA